UCCUAGUCAAAAGGACCCCAAGAAGAGAGGUAAAUCACACACCUGUCAAGCUUGGUUUCCACAAAGCAUUACACAUUUCAAGCAUAGGACUGGCUCCAGAGCCUAUAAAUGUUGCCUACUUUCAUCACUCCAUCAUCACCAAGCUUUAAACACUUCAUUCAUCAUCCUCAGCAAAAGCUUUAUCUGGGUAUUUUACAACUUCCCAAAACAACCCAAAAAUGGCAGACAACUCCCAGAAGAUGAGCUACCACGCCGGUGAGGCCAAGGGCCAAGCUCAGGAGAAGGCCAGCGGCAUGAUGGACAGGGCAAACAAUGCUGCUCAAUCAGCAAAAGAAUCAAUGCAAGAGGCUGGUAGCCAAAUGAAGGCCACCGCACAGGGUGCAGCUGAUGCUGUGAAGAAUGCCACUGGCAUGAACAAAUGAAGCAGCAGCUGAAGCUUCAGUUCAAGGGAAUAAAUUAGAAGCCUGAAUGGAAGAUAAUUUUGUUUAGGCCAUAAUUAUAUUAGUCUAUAAUUAAGAAACAAAGAAGAGAGCUCUAAUGGUGUAGUGCUCUGUCUCACUUUCUGUUUUUAGUCAGUGAGUUACUUCCAGAGAGUAUGACUUUUGUUUUGUACUUUGUUUAAUGCAAUUCUGCAGCUUUUAAUA